GGACAGGCCGACACCAGAGAACUAGAGAGGCCCACCUCCCACUCCUUUCUUCCAAGCUGUGCCAAAGGGAGGAUGAGCCUGAUGGGCAGAAUUCAAAUGAGCUGGACAGCACUGUGAAGGAGCUGCAGGCAGCCCCCAGAGCCUUGAGAUGGCACCAAAAACCAAGAAGGGAUUGAAAGGCUCCAUUGAUGAUGUCCUUGGUGACCUCCUGGGAGAUGAGACGACACCGCCUGAGAAGCCUGUUAAACUAGCUUCACGUGCCAGAGACGCCACAGGUGCAGCUCAGGCGCUCCCUCCCUCAAGGGCUAGAACAAAGUCCCUUUUGGAAGGUGAUGCCUUCAGCACCAGGGCAGGCCUGGCAGGAGCUGAUGCUGAGGUUUCAGACAUCUCCGACGCAGACCCGCAGGCCCUGCUCCAGGCCAUGAAGGAUCUGGAUGAAAUGGAUGCUGAUCUCCUGGGUCUGAAGAAGUCUAAUCUAGCCUCAAGCAAAAGGUCUGCAAAGGGUUCUGGGAAAGAAGAGCAGCCUAGCCCUCUUAAACCUGCUGGUGUGUUAACAGCCAGUGAGAAACGAGAUGCCCUUCCCACCAAGAAGCUAUCUCCCUCUCCCAGCAGCCUUGGGCAUCAGUACAGGAAGUUCUCCUUCGAAGACUUGGAAGACCCAUUGGCAGGACUUCUCUCUGAUGAUGAGGAAGGAAUCGCCAAGAAGCUGCCGGGGACGGAGAGUAAAACAGCUUCCGUAAAGAGCCCAGCCCCGGCCAGAGAUCAAGGGCCCUCUAUCCCUCUAACUCCUGGGAACACUCCGGUCCGAAAGAAGGAAGAGUUGCUCUUUGACGAUGGGGACGACAUCAUGGCCACCCUGGGGUUUGGAGACAGCCCCAAAGCAGAGAGGAGGCACACGGGAGACCAGGAGGGGCCCCUCCCUGCCCGCUCCAAGCUGGAUGAGCUGCUGGGUCGGGGCACUGCCGCCAAACUCCUGGCCCGUCCGGGCACCGGGGAGCACAGGGAAUUCAAGCUAGACAAGAAGUAUCAGCGGCCACAGGACAAAGAAGACACCGGGGGUGACGAGGACUUCACCUUUGGGGCCUAUCAGCCCACCGUGGGCUCCUCCGAGGGCCGGCAGUCCCGCCGGCAGUCCGUCAGUAGGUUCUUUGAAGGCGGCACAGACCCCAAGGGAGAACCAGGCUCCAGACAGAGCACCCCAGCAGCAUCCAGCCCCACCCAGCCCAGGAGGGGAGGUGCCGACUGGCUGGGCCUCAAGGACGAAGGCUUGGACCUGCUCCCUCCCUCCCCGACCAGGGAGGUUCGGAGGGGACCCCCUCCCGCCAGCCAGCAUUCUGCUCCCAGCCGCCACUCUGCCCCGGCCGGGCUGCCCUCCUUGGGGGCGAAGCCACCAACCGAGGGUACCGGUUCUCCUGCCAAAGGCAGCCAGCCUUCCCAGCCAGGAGCGUCUGAGAAGGAGGAGGAGGGGGACUGGCUGAGCCACGCCCUGUCUCGGAAGAAGUCCCAGGGUCUGGCCAGAGAGGAGCACGACGCAGCCUGUAAGGGCCAGCACUCGGUAGGGGCGCUGCCUUCCGACAGCCAGCCUGCCGCCGGCACCCAAGGGCUCGAGCCAGCAGCCGCCGGGGGGACCCCAGGCACGGCAGCACAGAGGCCGCCUGCCCGGCCUGCCGCCUCAGGGUCCCCCGUGACUUGGAACCCCGCUGCCUUGGCCCUCCAUGCGGGUGACCCAAAGAGGGGAACAGCCCCUGGAGAUUGCUCCGGCACUGAGGCUGCAGUUGGUUUCCCAGGCUCCCAGGAACCCCCAGGGCUCUCUGUGCCUGUCCAGUGCCUGCUUCCAGAGUCCCUGGCCUGGAGCCUGCUGCCCGGCUCCGAAUACCAGCAGCAGCUCCUGGCGGCACAGGCUCAGCUUCAGAGGGGCACUGCCGAGCUCCAGGCCGACCUCCUGCAGAGUCAGGCCCGGCUGGCGGAGCUCGAGGCCCAGGUGCGGAAACUUGAGCUGGAGCGGACACAGCACCAGCUGCUGCUGGAAAGUUUGCAGCAGAGGCACCAGGCAGACCUGGAGCUCAUCGACAGCGCCCACAGGAGCCGAGUCAAGGUGCUAGAAACAUCGUACCAGCAACGGGAAGAGCGGCUGCGGAGAGAGAACGAGGAGCUGUCUGCCCAGUACCUGUUGCGCUGCCAGGAGGCCGAGCAGGCCCGCGCCGAGCUCACAGCCCAGCACCAGCGGCGCUUGGCGGCCACCGCGCAGGAGAAGGACCGGGAGAUGGAGCGGCUCCGGGAGCUGCAGCGGGCCUCCAUCCUGGAGAUGCGCAAGGACCACGAGGAGCAGCUGCAGCGGCUGAAGCUGCUGAAGGACCGGGAGAUCGACGCCGUCACCAGCGCCACCUCCCAUACGCGGUCCCUGAAUGGCAUCAUCGAGCAGAUGGAGAAGUUCUCCAGCAGCCUGCACGAGCUGUCCUCCCGCGUGGAGGCCUCGCACCUCAGCACUGCCCAGGAGCGGGAGCUGGGCAUCCGGCAGCGAGAUGAGCAGCUCCGAGCGCUGCAGGAGAGGCUGAGCCGGCAGCAGCGGGACAUGGAGGAGGAGCGGAGCCGGCUCCAGGAGGUCAUCGGGAAGAUGGAGGCGCGCCUGAGCGAGCAGAGCCGGCUGCUGGAGCAGGAACGCUGGCGGGUGAACGCCGAGCAGUCCAAGGCCGAGUCCGCGCAGCGCGCUCUGGAGGAGCAGAGGAAGGUCAUGGUCCAGCAGAUGGCCAUGGAGCGGGAGGAGCUGGAGAGGGCCAAGAGUGCCUUGCUGGAGGAGCAGAAGUCCGUCAUGCACAAGUGUGGGGAGGAGCGGCGGCGCCUGGCGGCCGAGUGGGCCGAGUUCUUUGCACAGCAGAAGCUGAGUAAGGAGCGGGCCGAGCGUGAGGCGGAGCGGGCGCUGCAGGUGGACACCCAGCGGGAGGGCACCCUCGUCAGCCUGGCCAAGGAACAGGCAGAGCUGAAGAUCAGGGCGAGCGAGCUCCGGGCCAAAGAGGACCAGCUGGCGGCCGAGAGGGAGGCUCUGGAACAGGAGCGCCAGGAGCUGCGGCUGGAGAAGGAGAGGGUCGGCGCCGCCGCCCAGCGCAUCAGGCUGCGCGCUGAGGAGGUGGAGCGCAUGAGCCAGGUGGCCUCACAGAAGUACGAGGAGGGGGAGCGAGCACUGCGCGAGGCCCGGCAGGUGCAGUCGGAGCAGCAGGCCCGGCUGCAGCUGGUGCAACAGCAGCAGGAGCGGCUGCGGCAGCAGGAGCGGCACGUGCACCAGGAGCAUCUGAGUCUGGCCCAGCAGCGGCUGCAGCUGGAUCGUAUCCGACAGGACCUGCCCUCCGGGCCCGUGGGGCUGCUCUCCAGGGCCCAGGGCCUGGCAGCCUCUGGCCUGAGUGCCAUCGUGGCUCCUGCCCCCCCCACUCCUCAGUGCAGCCAGCUGCCAGCCGGCCUGGGCCCCUCGCACCUCCACGCCAAGCUGGUGCUGCUGAAACACACAGCUGAGCAGGACCGUGACUUCCUGGAGAACGAACAGUUCUUCCUGGAGACCCUGAAGAAAGCCUCCUACAACAUGACGUCGCAUUCAGCCUGAAGGCCCCACUGCCUCCUCAGCAGAGGCCUGACUCUAGAACCGCCCCACUGCCCGCUGGCCGCCAGCGCCGAGCAGGGGCGCCGGGGAGAGCCCUGCAACGCCCAGGCCCUGAUUACAGCUCUUCCCGUGGACGGGGUGCCAGCGCCUUCUUUCCGACGCUCCGGCCCGCGCGGGGGCAGGCAGGCGCCCCCGUGCCUCUCAGACUCCCCAGGAGGCAGCAGCCUCUGGGGAGACGCGAGGCUGAGGCCAUCUCAGCCCCACGACACCGUCAGCGACAGCACCGGUGCUCCUGCCCCGCAGACGUCCGGCUCAGGGCCCAGCGUCUGACUGGGCUCUGUGGACCCCUCGGCCCCUCAGGCCAUCGAUGGUCUGGGGAUCUUUUCGCCUGGGCCUCUUCUGAGGCGGGGGGUCUUCUCGACUCCCUUGCCACAAGGAGGCUGCUGCCCUCCCUGCCUGAGAAGCCAGCAGAGGGAGCGCCGGGUCUCCUCCCUGAUGGGGACGUAGAGUCAGGCCGCAAAUUUUCAAGAGCCUUCUAGCCUCCUGGCGGAGGGGGCGGGAGGUGCUGCAGGGGCAGGGAGGGCGCCGUGCCCGGCGGCUUUUACCUCACAGACUGACCUGCCCUUGGGACUCAGCCAGCCCUCCCUGCUCCCAGGCUGGUGCACAAAGCCCCCGCCUCGUUCCCAGCUGCCGAGGCAGCGGACUCGCUAGCACAGAUGCUGGCCUCAUCGGCUUCUUCUAAUGCACUCCCCAGAGGCAAAGAGGGGGCUGCGGGUGACAGUGGGGUGUGGGGAGGGACAGAAGGCUUUUCUCCAUGCUGUUCACUUGCCACAAAACCCCGGCCAGUGGGAACGAAGAUGACAGCGAGAGCCCCUGCCUGGGAGGAUACAGAGCGCCGAGGACCAUGAGGGGCCGCACCCCGGCCGCUGUCCCGGGUGGGGUCUCUGCCCUUCUCCACGUGUGGGCAGAGGGCCAAGGCCAGCCAGAGGGGUGCCAGGACAGGGGUGGGAGGAUUGGUAGUUGUCUCCUGCAGACCCAAGGACUCAACUAAAAAAAUCACAAUUAACC